AUGUCUUCCUUCAUCACCACCAUGUCGGUCCCCGCUGCCCCUGCCCCCGUUUAUCUCUCGACUCCCAUCGAGCCCGCGUCUCGCUCUCCGCCGGCGCGGACUCCUUCUCUGAGUCGGAGCCCGUCGGGAAUCUACCAGACUACCCGCACGUCCCAUAUUCCUUCCCUUGAACCUCCUUCUUAUCUGUCGCCAGCGGUGCGCGCAUUGAAACAAGGCGUGUAUGGACUGACUCCUCCCAGCAAUGCGCGAACGCGAGCCCCAUUCAAGCCCCGCUCCGCGGCCAAGGGCACCAACAGUUACCAACUGAGGCAGUUCGCCGAGGCCACUCUGGGCAGUGGCAGUCUGCGGAAGGCUGUCAAAUUGCCCGAGGGCGAGGACCUGAACGAAUGGCUUGCCGUGAAUGUUGUCGACUUUUACAACCAGAUUAACCUCCUCUACGGCUCCAUAACCGAGUUCUGCUCCCCACAAUCAUGCCCCGAGAUGAAGGCUACAGAUGAAUUCGAGUACCUCUGGCAAGACUCCGAGAACUUUAAGCGGCCAACCAAGAUGUCUGCCCCCGAAUAUAUCGAGCACCUUAUGAGUUGGGUGCAGAGCAAUGUCGACAAUGAGCAGAUGUUCCCUAGCCGUAUCGGCGUCCCUUUCCCCAAGACCUUCCCUAGUCUCCUCCGUCAGAUCUUCAAGCGUCUCUACCGAGUCUACGCACACAUCUACUGCCACCACUACCCGGUGGUGGUACAUCUCGGUCUUGAGCCACACCUAAACACCAGCUUCAAGCAUUAUGUCCUGUUUAUCGACGAGCACAAAUUGGCGAGCGGCAAGGAUUACUGGGGACCUCUGGGCGAUCUGGUGGACAGUAUGUUGCGCAGUGACUAG